CAGUCAGUGAGGGAGUCGCGCGCGGUGCGCGAGCUGCGCUGAAGGCUGUAACGGUUUAGUGUGUGUGAGCGCGUGCGGCGGGGAAGCGGACUUUAUCACUGUAUAAUCACUCUCACACCCGGACCGACCCGACCCGACCCGACCCGGCCCGGCCCUCCCCUCCGUGCUGUGAGUGGCUCCUGAGGAGAGGGAGAGGAGAGAGAGGGAGAGAGAGAGAAGGAGAGAGAGGAGGAGAGAGAGAGGAGGAGAGAGAGGAGGAGAGAGAGAGGGAGCCGCUCAGCGCUGACGGACACCGACUCUGCUGGGUUAGUUUGUGGAGUGCGGAGCUGCGCGCGCGCGUCGCUUCCCGGGAUCAGUGAAGAUGUGAUUUGGAGUUUAAUCACUCAGCAGACAAGCAAAAUGAGAAGUACCCUCCCCAGUACCGCAUACAUUCUUCUCAUUCUCCAGACGUUAUGGUGGGGCGUAUUUGGCCAAUGCAAGGAACCGAGCGAAAUCUCCAAACUCAAUCUUUCCGUGACGUACGACCUCCCUCGCUUUGUCUCAAACACACCUGUCCAGAAGCUUCUAGUUUUCCAAGGAAGGGUAUACGUCGGUGCUACCAACAUUCUUUACGCAUUAUCUGGCGACCUCAAGAAAGUAGAUGAUUAUAAGACUGGACCUGUGCGCGAUGGCCCACAAUGCAGUGCCUGCGAAGGCUGCACCGGCCAACCUCCCAACACCAAUAACACCAACAUGGCCCUGAUCAUGGAGACCUACUACGACCCCGAGCUGUUCGUCUGCGGCACGGGCGGGAACGGCGUCUGCAGCCGGCACGUGCUGGAAGAUGGUCAGCUGGACGUCGACGUGACCUGCAUGGGUUCGCAUAACAAAGACGGCAGCCGCUACGUCGCCGGUCCGUCCGGAACCCAGAUCGUGAACGUUGAAGUCGGUCGAGUCGUGAGGUUCUUCGUUGCUAAUUCAGAGCCGCUGGACGCACCUCCAGCUCCACGGCUUCACCACACCAUCUCCGUACGAAAGAUGUGGGACACCCAGGACCGCUUCGAGUUUGUUUCCGAGCAGUCCUACAUGGACCUCAAGCCAGGGCUACGCGGGAAUUAUCUUCUGCGCUACGUCUACUCCUUCCAUAGUGGCUCGUAUGUUUAUUUCCUCACCGUGCAACGAGAAAGCAGCACCUCCAGGGCUUUCCACACGCGAAUCGUCCGUAUCUGCUCCUCCGACCUGGAGCUUCAACACUACGUGGAAAUGCCCUUCGAGUGCAUCUACUCGGAGAAAGGCAGACGGAAACGUUCAACCCAGACGGUGUUCAACGUCCUCCAAGCAGCACACGUCGCCAAAACUGGAAGCAACCUACGCAGGGAGAUGGGUUUUAAAGAAGGAGAAGAUGUGCUCUUCGCCGCCUUCGCUAAGAGCAAACCCGACUCGCCCGAUCCCACAGCAAGCUCCACGGUGUGCGUCAUCUCCAUCGCCGAAAUCAAUAACUUCUUCAAGGACUUCUUCAUGAGGCAGGCCUACACCAAGCCGCUCUACCACUUAACCGGAGCCAAAAUGAAGUCCUACAACCAGAGCUCAGUUAGCGAUUCCUAUGAUGACUGUGGGAAGCAUGACAAAGGCUACAGGCUGGAGGUUAAAGGAACCAAUCCACGUAAAGACUGGUUUAACGGCCGCUUCAGGAACGUUCUCCUCACCUCCAUCGCCGUGGUGCCUGUGCAGGAACAUACAGUGGCUACCCUUGGGACGGCAGACGGGAGAGUCAUCCAGGUGGUGGUUUCCCGGUUUGGCAACACAGAGCCGCAUGUGAACUUCCUGUUGGACACGCUCCCCGUCUCCUCACAAGUCGCCGUGUUGUCUCCACAGAACGCCAGCGCGUCCUUGCUGCUGGUCACAGGAAAUAAGGUAUCUAAGGUGCCUGUAAUCGGGCCCGGGUGUGAGCAGUUAUUAAGCUGCAGCUCGUGUCUGCUCGCUCCAGCCUUCAUGGGCUGCGGAUGGUGCCGGAACAGGAACCUCUGCACUCGCUCUCCUCAGUGCACCGGCUCGAGCUGGAGCCAAGAUUCCUGCCCGCUCUUCAUCUCUGAGAUCUUUCCUAAAACCGCUCCACUGAAAGGCCACACCAGCAUCCUGAUCUGUGGCAGAAACUUCGGCUUCAGCAAGAAAGAUCGCUUCGACGCCAAACUCGUUGAAGUGGACGUGGCUGGAGCGAAGUGCAGGCUGACGGAAAAGGACAUCGGCAGCCAUCGGUUGAUUUGUAGUCUGGAUCAUGUGAACGUGUCCGAUUCCGAUCGCUCAGUCAGAGUACGCAGCGGAAAGGAGGAAGAACGGCUCGAGGGCUUCUCGUUCGUGAACCCUGUGAUUAAAGGAAUCAUUCCUGAAUUUGGUCCUAAAUCUGGUGGAACCAUGCUGACCAUUAAGGGUUCGUACCUGGACAGUGGAAGCUCGCGGAAGGUUACGAUAGGAAGUGGUACCUGUGUGGUUCAGAGUUUAUCCGCCAGCAUGCUGACGUGUCAGACUCCAUCUCAGGACUCGCCUUCCCAGCACAAGGUGCGUCUGAAUAUCGACGGAGUGACGUUUCAAGCUCCGGCUAACUACACGUACAACGAGGAUCCUCUCAUCCAUAACGUACAGCCCACACGCUCCUUCAUCAGUGGAGGCAGUACAGUGAUAGCGUCUGGCGUCUACCUCCACUCAGCCACGCAACCUCAGAUGGUCCUCAGCGGUCCUCCGUUCACCAAGGACAAAGAGGUUUAUGUGACCUGCACGCAGGGAGAAGACAAACUGGCCAUCGUGUGCAUCACUCCCUCACUGAAGGGCCUCAACGUUCGUCCCCCAGUCGCCACCAAGAUGACGUUCGUGCUCGACGGAUUCUCGACGCGGCAGUACGACCUGACCUACGUGGAGGACCCGAAGUUCGAGGAGUUUCAGAAGCCCACUCUCACUCCCAGAGGCAGCAAGAGCGUGCUGGAGAUUAAGGUCCCCCGUGUGGAUGUGGAAGCGGUGAAGGGAGAGGUGCUGCGAGUGUCCAAUCGCUCGUGUGAGAGUGUCGUUGUGGUGGGAAACACACUGGAGUGCACGGUUCCCUCUGAACUCCACGCCGCCACCAGAGAGCUCGAGGUGGAGUGGAUGCAGGCCUCGUCCUCGGUCAUCCUGGGCCGUGUGAUUUUGGCUCAGGAGCAGGAUUACAGCCCACUGGUCGCCGGCGUGGUGUGUGUUUCCAUCCUGCUGCUCUUAAUGCUCACACUCUUCGCCUGGAUCAAGAGGAAGAAGCACAUCGAUGAUUUAGCUGAGGGGAUGGUUUGGUAUGACGGCCGCGCUCACAUUCCACACUUGGACAUGCUGGCAAACGCGAGGAGUGUCAGUCCCACUAACGAACUGGUGUCUCACGAGUCUCUGGACUAUAGAACCACUUUGCUUGAGGACCAGAGCUUGCCGAUGUCUCCGAGCGAGUCGUGCCGUCCUCCUCCGUACGUCCACGCGCACGUGGACUUCUCCUCCGUGCUCGGGGUGCUGGGGGCGGAAGGAGACCCGUCUUCCCCCCUCCUCCUGCCUGGUUCCGCACCAGUGGACCUGAGUAGCCUCCACCCUGAGCUCCUGAAAGAGGUGCAGCACGUCGUCAUCGCCAGGGAAGACCUGCUCUUACACGUUAACGAGAUUAUCGGAAGAGGACACUUCGGCUGUGUUUUCCACGGGACUCUGCUGGAGCCGGACGGCCAGAAACAGCACUGCGCAGUCAAGUCUCUCAACCGUAUCACAGAUAUCGAAGAGGUGUCCCAGUUCCUGAAGGAAGGAAUCAUCAUGAAGGACUUCAGCCAUCCCAACGUGCUGUCUCUGCUGGGAAUCUGCCUGCCCAGUGAAGGCUCUCCUCUGGUGGUCCUGCCUUACAUGAAGCACGGAGAUCUGCGCAACUUCAUCCGAGACGAGAGUCACAACCCCACGGUGAAGGAUCUCAUGGGCUUCGGCUUGCAAGUAGCUAAAGGCAUGGAGUAUCUCGCCAGCAAGAAGUUUGUACACCGAGAUCUCGCAGCCAGGAACUGCAUGCUGGAUGAGAGUUACACGGUGAAGGUGGCCGACUUUGGCCUGGCCAGAGACGUGUACGAUAAGGAGUACUACAGCGUGCACAACAAGAGCGGAGUCAAGCUGCCCGUGAAAUGGAUGGCUUUAGAAAGCCUGCAGACUCACAAGUUCACCACCAAGUCUGAUGUUUGGUCAUUCGGGGUGUUGCUAUGGGAACUGAUGACCCGAGGUGCCCCGCCCUACUCCGACGUUAACUCCUUUGACAUCACGGUUUUCCUCCUACAAGGACGAAGACUGCUGCAGCCCGAGUUCUGCCCUGAUGCCCUCUACAACGUGAUGAUCGAGUGCUGGCACCCCAAACCUGAGCGGCGCCCCACCUUCUCCGAGCUCGUCUCGCGCAUCUCGGCCAUCUUCUCCAGCUUCAGCGGAGAGCACUACAUCCUCCUGAACACCACCUACGUCAACAUCGACAAGAUGACGCCCUACCCUUCUCUCAUCUCGUCUCAGAGCCAGCUGGACCGCGACUGCUGCACCUGAGAGCGGAGACGGAACACAUACACAUACACGCGCGCACACACCACACACACACACACACACGGAAGGGAGGAAAGCUGUCUGGGACCACUGUAAAGGGAGGAAACUGAUCGUCUGAUUGUCUUUAUCACUGUAGAUAGAGUAGCGCUGUCCGCAGCAGGAGGAGGUUUAAUCCCACAGAGCCGCCGCUGAUACGCACUCGAUCAGAGACACUGACAGACACAGAGCAGCUCUCAAGACAUCGUCUCUCACGCACUAUUCAAAACUGUGAAGAGGAGUACAAGAACAUCUGGGGGUUUUUAUUAACUCUGCUGGUUCAGGAUGAACCAUCUGAAGUGCAGUAUUUGAUGUGAUGUGACGUAAACACUGUGCACCGCUGACCCAGGAGCAGUUCUGAUCUAUACGUACUGUACAUACACUGCAGUGUAUCACUGAACAGACAGGACUCUGCGAUCAGGAACGAACAAGACUCCUUCGGAUUAUUCGUCGUUCUCUACGCUGGUUUGUGCUGCUCCAUGUCUGACUGUGCGUUCAGCGACGUUGCAGGACGUCGUGCACGUCUCCACCGUCCAGCUGACCUGAGAACAGCAGGGCGGGGCUCUCUCAGCACAACACCGGACAUGCGAUGAAUCUGUAAACGGAAACGUACGAGCGUAUUUAGAGAUGCAUCGAUACCGUCGAUAAAGAUACCGAACCAAUAUCGUGCUCAUUUACGUAGUCGGACAAAAUGCGAAAAUAUAAAACUCGGUGAGAAGAAAUGCGUCAGCGCUUACUGUACGUCCCGAGAUGUCGUUCGCGACAGUCGGCCAGUAUCAAGAACGAAUGCACAAAAAACGAAAAUGUACCUUACGUACAACAGCAAACCGAAAUCAGCUCUUCUGCACUGUGACCUUACCUUACUUUACUUCGGUUUCAAAAGUUUGUGCACCCCUGACCAUUACAUUACAGGCAUUUAGCAGACGCUCUUAUCCAGAGCGACGUACAACGUACCCAGAGCAGCCUGGGGAGCAGUUAAGGGUUAGAUGACUUGCUAAAGGGCACUUCGGCUAUUCCUGCUUGUCUAGGGAAUCAAACAGGCAACCUUUUGGUCCCAAAGCUGCUUCUCUAACCAUCAAAUCCAUAUGUGGUUCUCACCCAAACUGUUACCACAAAGUCUGAAGCACACACUUGAAUAGAAAGUCUUGGACAAUUUCCCCUUCACUAGAACCCAAGAAGCCUUUAUUUAUCACAUGCAAACUCAAGCACAAGUGAAAUUCCUUCUCUGCAUUUAACCCAUCUGAAGCAAUAAGCACACACACACACACACACACACGUAGUGUACACACACCCAGAGCAGUGAGCAGCUACGUAUGCUACAGCGCCCGGGGAACAAGGGGUGCCUUGUUCAAAGGCACUUCAGCCCAUGGCCACUCCAUGUUAACCUAAUCGCAUGCCUUUGGACUGUGGGGGAAACCGGAGCACCUGGAGGACAUGCAAACUCCACACAGAAAAGCCCCUGUCGGUCACUGGACUCAAACCCAGAACCUUUCUGCUGUGAGGCGACAGUGCGAACCACUACACCGCCUGUUCCAGCAUGACGAUGCUCCUGUGCACAAAGCAAGCUCCGUGAAGACAUACCCUGUGUCCAAAAUCACUCACUAGUGGACUACACAUGCCCCUUUUCCACCAAAGCAGCUCCAGGGCUGGUUCGGGGCCAGUGCUUAGUUUGGAACUGGGUUUUCUGUUUCCACUGACAAAGAACUGGCUCUGGGGCCAGAAAAACCGGUUCCAGGCUAGCACCAACUCUCUGCUGGGCCAGAGGAAAGAACCGAUUACGUCAGCGGGGGGCGGAGUUGUUAAGACCAACAACAAUAACAAGACCGCGAAAGAUCGCCAUUUUUAAGCGACGAGAAGCAGCAGCUGUACAAACAUGAAGUCAUCCAUUAUUAUUAUUAUUGUUGUUGUUGCUGCUGCUGCUUCUUCCAUGCUGUUUUUGCUUUGAUAUUCGCGCCAAGGUUUAUGCAAACGUAGUGACAUAACUGAUGUAUACAGCGACGUAAUGACGUGGCUCCCCUUAGCACCGCGAGCUAUGGAAAAGCAAACAGGUUCUCAGCUGGCUCGCAAGUUGAACGAGUUGUGGACCAGCACCAGCCCCGAACCAGCCCUGGAACUGAUUUGGUGGAAAAGGGUUAAUUGUGAGCUCACCAUUUUGUAGCGCUGUCCGGAUGUACAGUGAGAAUUAUUACACCUUAUAUAGAUGGUGCACUCAUAGUAUCCCACAAUGCACCAUGAAAAGUAUUGUACAACCAAUGGUCACUAACCAAGCAAUAAACACCAUCAUGCAUUGCGGUCGCGCUGAAAGAAAAGCUGUUUCAUAAGGAUUGUUAAGUAUUUUAGACCGAACGGGCCCGCGACAAGUUUAUAAGCUGUGGCGUGAAAAUGGCGAUAAUAUUGCAGUGUGUCGGGGUGAACGGACGGAGGACGAAACACAAAUACACAGACAUUCAAGUACAAUUAAAAACAGUAAGAGUACAGAAAACAAGCUAAAAUAGAAUAAGAUAAGAAUAAAAGUUAGAGUGCAGAGCGAGGAAUUAAUCAAAAGCCUCGAAUUUGAUUGAAUAAAAGGCAGAGGAAAAUAAUAUAGCAAAAAUGUGAACCUGCAGUUCUCCCUUCGAAAAGACAAACGCGUACCUCAAAAAGUGAAAAUAUGCAUCUAUUGGACCAUCCGAUGACUAAUACGGCUGCGAAGCAUGGACCCUUACAUCAACGACCAAGAGUAGGGUCGAGGCGGCGGAGAUGAGAGCUCGUAGAAUGAUCAAGGGUGUAACCAAAAUCAGGAAUGAGAAAAUUAGACAAGAACCGGGUGUGGAGAGUGUCCUCACCGAGGUGGUUUGGUCAUGUGAUGAGAAUGGAGGACCAAAGAAACGAUUCAUCUGGAAACCUACGAUGAAAAGACCUGUAGGACGGCCAAGAAAGGGAUGGAUCCAAAACAUUACUGAGUCACUCACAGCAAGAUUGACAUCUUCAGACUCUGUAAUGGAAGCUGAAUUAUUUAAAGAAUUGUAUAAACGGAAGAAGCUUAUUUGGUGACAGGUGUUAGGUCUAUCAGGAGAUGGAUGAGAAGAGAAAAGGCAGCGGCAAAGAAGAAAAAGUAUUCAGCCUUGAUUUCAAAGAACUGAAAGAUGCAGCAGAGACAAAGUCGUUUGUAUUUAUUAAUGUGGGAAAUACGCUCGGUAUAAUAUGGAUUUAUCAUGAAAAUAAUACGUGUGUAUUUAUAAUUUUGAAAACCCACCGACUGAUCUAGCACAGCUCAUUAUCUGUAGCCGCUUUAUCCUGUCCUACAGGGUCGCAGGCGAGCUGGAGCCUAUCCCAGCUGACUACGGGCGAAAGGCGGGGUACACCCUGGACAAGUCGCCAGGUCAUCACAGGGCUGACACAUA